AUGCCUGUGACCAAUCUACCGCUCAUUCAGCAAGCGAUAACUCGAUACGGAAUGAGUUUCUAUCUCGGACUCGGUGUCAUAGGCAAUGCCUGUGGUUGUAUUAUGUUUACACGACAGACCUACCGUCGAACGGCUAGUUCAGUUUAUUUCCUAUGUCUGUCAAUUUGUUCGAUAAUGUAUUUGAUUUGGUCUCUUUUCCCAUAUUUAUAUUCACUUGAUCAUAUCGAUCCUCAAAAACAAUCGAUAGCAUAUUGCAAGACAAGAUUUUAUGGUACUCAUCUGUUCGGUCAAUGUGUUCGGUAUAGUAUCGUACUUGCCUGCAUAGAUCGGUAUUUCUAUACACGAACAAGUAUACAUCUGCGUUCAUUUUCUUCAAUCUCAAUCGCAGUUAAACUUGUCUUGAUUAUGAUUUCAGUAUGGUUAAUUGUUGGUAUUCAUAUUCUUGUUUUCAUGGAAAUCAGAAACAAUGUCUGUGGAAUGUUUGAUGCAUACAAGUUAUUCUAUGCAGCGUAUCAGAUUACAUUCAUCAGCGUUGUGCCGCCGACGUUAAUGAGUAUUUUCAGUAUUCUCACCUUCCGUAGUCUUCGUCAACGACACGAUGGUCAGGCACACAUCAGGCAACGAGAUCGACAACUGAUGCGCAUACUCAUCGUUGAGGUUCUGAUAAACGUUUCCACGUCGAUUCCUAUCUCAUGUAAUUUCGCUUACAAUGCAGCAACAAUUUAUGUCACGGAUAAAACACCGCUACGACAGGAGAUCGAAUCAUUCUCCGGGUAUAUCGUGCAAAAUUUGAUCUAUCUUAUUAGUGUUGUUCCUUUUUAUGUAUUUUUAACAACAUCAAAACCAUUUCGAAACGAAUUCUUCGAUAUUUUUGUUAAUCUUUGGAAUAAGUACAUCCGGCGACGUACACGUAUUGUUCCAUUAGCUGAACAAGAUGCCCGAACAAGAAGAACUCAUACAAUAUUACGCACUGAACACCAAUAA